CCGCCUCCUCCUCGGACUUAGAAGCCAAAUGGGUAGUGUAUAAAUUAAAUUGGCAUCUUCUGCAGGGAAGAGAAGAUAACCGUCGGAAACGGCCAAAUGGGGAGGAGACCACUUUCGACAACAUUCCGAUCUGUGAAGCCCAAUUCAAUUAGCCCUAAACAAUCAACAUCAUCAGCUCCAACCCCUUCAUCUUCUUCCUCGUCUUCUCGAAAUUCAUGGUGUGCAUAUCUGAUCCUUUCCACCAAUCCACCCAUCAAAACUUACGUCGGGGUCACCACUAAUUUAUCUCGCCGCCUAAAACAACAUAAUGGAAAAUUGAGAGGCGGAGCAAAAGCUUCCCGUGCUGGAAGGCCAUGGGUGUAUGCAUGCAUUAUUCAAGGAUUUAAGGAUCAAAGUGAAGUAUGUGGUGCUCACUGGGUUGAGAGGAGCUCAUCAGCCUUCCUAUUCCUAUGGCAUGAUACUACUCUCUCUACUGCAGCAUGUGAAUUUGAAUCAAGAUGGAAAAAUAUUUCGAGGAAACUUCCUCGAAAACACGAGCCUGGUCAGAGUCAGAAACUUGUAUUGUUGCAACACAGGGAGGCUGCUCUAAGUAGACUCAAAGGUGCCAUCGGUUGCACUCACCUGAACAUUGAUUGGAAAUUGAAUCCUUCCUCAUCAUCUUCCAUUUCCUUUCAUCUUUGAUGUAUUUAUGCUUUUGUGAUCAACCAUUGAUCAAUAAAAACCCUCUCUGUAUAUUGUUUAUACAGUGACUCUGGUUUGAAUUGGAAGCAGUGAAUGAUUAGCUUGCUCGCUUGGAUAA